UGAGGCAUACUGUGGAUGAAAACCACGGUGUGUACGAUCGUGAUGAAAACGCCUAUACGAAGAAACGUAUGGCUUCUAAGUAUAGUUAGUAUAUUGUGCGUGAAGGUUAGGAGCAGGUAAGCGAUCAAACGUGGGUUAGGUGAAAAUAACAGCUCCUAUCACAAUGUAGCGUAUAAUAAUGUUUUUGUGAUAUUACAAUAGUAAACGUAUAUCGAUAUACGCGUAGAUAAAACGUCCGUGUGAUUCACCACGGAAUACAUGGAUGUUGCGAACGGACAAAAGCCCCUCAGUGGGCAACCUUCUGCCACUGGUGGUUCAGGGAUGGAUAAGGGAAAAGAGUGGCAGAUGGAAUUGCUUAUGGAAAAAUUACGUUCCAAAGCUUCUACAUUCAAACCCUUGGUGGAAACCGCCAAAAAUUUACGAAUGGCUAUGUUGGACAAAAGGUUUGCAAUUGAUAGUGCAGAGAAAAGCCAACUACAAAAAUGUUUGGAUACUUUGCAACAUUCCAUUAAAGUAACGUCUUUACAAUCCAUGGUAGAACGUUUGGAGAGUUUAACUAGACAAUUAGGCUUAAAGUUUAUGAUGUCUGGUCCACCAGGCACAGAAUUGUUUAUCUCCUCUGAUAUGUUCUUUUUGGAAGUUCUUUUGGAGCCAUCAGGUGUAGUUAAAGAUGUUAAAAUUCAUCACGAAGGGAAAAACGAACAGCAAAGCUGUGAUGUAUUGGUGUCUUGUUUGUCAAGAGGAGAUUUCCUUGAUUUUACAGUACAAUUAGAAGGUUUAGCUUCAAUAUAUCAAUUAAAUGCUGAUAAGAAGGUAAAAUGUAAAGCAUUUAGUGCUUUACAGUCACUGGAGGCUGAUCUGGGUAUCUUAGCUCAAUUGCAAACAUUUAUAAAAGAACCUUUUAAUCUUGUUCAUAAAAGCCCAGUUGGAAUCCUUGAACGAAGAAGAGGUGGUCAUGCUAUGAAGCUAACAUACUUUGUUUCUCCUUACGAUUUAAUAGAUCAGGAGAAUCGUACCUGUGAUGCAUUGAAUUCGGAGGUAGUUAUCAAGCGAAAGAUUGGUCAUUCCGUUACUGUUUGUAUGGAAGGUUCGACUGCUCACAAGUUGCCUACAUCUAGUAUCAUAACUGUAAAUAGAAGUCCUACAGGAAAAAGUACUCCAUCAUAUGCUCCGUUAACUGGUACAAAUUCGUCGGUAUUACCCGCUUGCUUUGUAUUGAAGCUCGCCAAGAAAAUGCCGAUGUGCAUGGAACUAGUGCGUAGGAUACAGAAAGUAACAGAAUUAGAAUGUGGAGACAUAUCUGCUCCCCAUCCAUUACUUAGUUUAAUUAUUCAGCAUGCCAGUGAGGGACAACAGGAUUGUCGGAAUAACAGAGGACUUUAUGUUACUUUACCGGAUCAACAGCACUGUUAUUUCAUGACAGAGAACAAAAAUAUGGAAGGUGUGUUAGUGUGUAGUAUUCCUUUCACUCAUCCGGCGCAUGUCCCACAAAUCUUGGUAUACUUGCGUCAACAAGCGCUCUUUAAUACGUUAAUCGCUAGUUGCGUUAGACCUAUGGCUCGGCAAGAUCCAGAACAUGCAACUAUAUUCGAAGUAAGCGCUUUAUCAUGGCAACACAUAUCGGUAAGUUUGGAGCAUCCUUUCGAGGAGACAAUGGCAACAGCAGAAUUGGAUUUGACGGAUAUCUCUGCGCUCAAGUGCAAAUUGUAUGGCAUAAGUAUAACGAACACGGAACAAACGUCAGAUCUGACGGGAAAAGUUUUGCAGAAGUGUUUAAGUAUACCUCUGACAAUGAGAAUUCUCAUGAAGUCGUGGGAGAGUCGUGACUCUUUAAAUGCGAUGAACAAUCUGAAUAGCGGAAAUGGAAGCUAUAAUGUAAAUCUCGGUUCCGGAAAAGAUCAAAACAGUCAGAAUGGUUCCGGGAUGCCCGACUUCACUAAUGGAGAAACGAAAAUCAAACAGGAACCUGGGUUGAAUAAUGGAAAUGGAACAAUGGGGAGGCAACAGUUGUCGCAACAGCAGCAGCAACAACAGCAACAGCAACAACAGCAGUCUUUUUUAGAUGCCGGAACGGAGAAUAGUAUCGGGUUUCCGUCGUAUUCCGGCCAAUCCGAUACCGCGACUACUGCUAUGUUAAAUCCAUUACAAUUGGGAGCGUUACUUGGACAGGCAAAAAACUCUAUGACCAAUCCAAUGAAUGAACGUACAAAAAAAACACGUAAAAGAAAAACCGCGGAUGGUAUUUGGCGAAGUCCCAAAAGAAAGGGAGACGAGAGUGCUGAAAUAUUAUUGGAAAGUUCUAGUUCAGAUUCUACGCCCCUAGGUACACCAACCGGUGGUAGAGAAAAUUUAAACGAGACAAGAACGUCUACGCCAACAUCAGCUACGAGCUUAACCAGUGGUUUGGAUUUUUCUAAUUUGGAUCCAACGGAUAUUUUAGGAACGGAUAAGAGCUCCGAUUAUGAUAUUGACAACGAGAGCGAGAUAACGGAAGUUCACGAUUUACAAGAUGUGGAAGAAUUGAUCAAACGCGAUCGCAAAUCGAGGAAGAGAGAGGAGAAAAAGAGUCCGAUUAUUUUUGAAGAGAACAAAAAUCUGGUGCCGCCAUCCGUAAGUAUAACGCCAAUUUCAAGCAGUAGUUUGGGUCAGACUACGAACUAUAACUCUGUACUUACGGGGAUGGGUUUGGAAAGGAGGCCAGGCAUUGAAAUAAUACCAAUAGCAUCGUCACCGCAAACCACUUUACCGAGCUCUAUUACUAUAACCCCAAUAGCUGGGCCGACACAGUCGAAAAGUUUGACGGAUGAACGUAGAGAACGAAAAAGUUCCAAGGGCAAGUCGACAGAGGAUAAGGGGAAGUUGGAAAAAAGACGUAAGCGUAAGAGGGAGGACAGCCCUAUGGGACCGCCGCCGGAUAAAAUACCAUCUAAACAAGAUCCUUUGUCGAAACCAGUUUCAGUGAGCAUAAAACCGACUGAAUCGCCGCCAAAUUUGAGUUCACGACCGUCAUCACCUGCCGCGACAUUGCGAAAAUUUAGUCCGUCUCCGACGCACACCAGUCCACUUGCUCUCGUAGGUAAGUCCAGUCCUACAUUGAAACAGUCAACAAACAAGCCAGUGCAAAGUCCAAAGCACUCUCCGGUCUACAGCAGUAGUCCCAAACAUACGCCAGUACCUGCGAGUGUGAGUCCGAAACACGGCACUUCGUCACCAAAGCACGGCAGUUCAGCGAGCACUGGUAAACCGAGUAUGUCUGCGCUGAAAUCUGCGGCGAAUUCACCAUCCAGUAAAACCACUGAUUCUGGUCAAUCAAAAAUAAAAUCUUCGUCGUCGUCGAGCAAAGACUCCAAUCGAGAGAAGGAGAGAAAAACAUCGUCUUUAGCCUUCGGUGGAUCGAGUGGUCAUCAGAGUCCGAAGACAAAGUCUUCCAGUGGUAAGUUAAAACAACUGGAAUUAAUUCCUAGCGGGGAAACGCAAUCUACUUUGCCUAGCAGUGGAGGCAGUACACCACCAUCGGGCAAUUCUGAACUUGGAAAGUCAGCCAUCGCUCAACAAGCGAGAAAUAGAAAGGGCUCGUUGAGUGCCGUUAUCGAUAAGCUGAAGAACGCUCAGCAUUGUACGGAUGAUGGUGGCAACGGUGGGACGAAGUCAGCAACUAGUGGAAGUGGUAAUUCAGGCGGUCAGAAAGAAAGAAAUGUUGGAAGCUCCUCGAAUAAGACCGCAGAAGGAAAGUGUAUUAGUAAAAAUUCAUCUAUGGAUACGAAAAAUCCUGCAGAGUAUAUGGUAAAGCAUAGUUCCGAUGGAAUGAAGAUAACAAUUAAUAAAACUCGCACGAAAGAUUCCAAGUCUGGUACGAAUCUUAAAUUGUCUUCUUCCUCGACGUCUGUCGCUACUGGAACGUCUUCGAGUUCGUCCACAUCGUCGACAGCCAUAUCAGGUAAUGGUUCUCCGAAAACGCACACUGGUUUGAAGCCAGGGGUAAGUUCCGGUCCUGCAUCAAAGAAACCACCGUCUCAAACAUCCCCAAAGCUAUCUGGAUCCUCCUCUUCCGGUUCUGGCGGUAGUAGUGGAAACAAAGCAAAUCUCAUAGGACAAAAGAUGUUGUCUGCCUUGAAGUCUAUUUCUGGGUCGAAUUCUGGAAGCGGUAACGGAGCUGGAGGAAUCAGUGUUGGGAGUAGCGGUAGUAGUGGAUUACUUUCUAAAAAUGUGAUGUCAUCUAAAUCUUCUUCGAGUUCUCCGAAAACAGCAAGUUCCGGUGUGACGGAUCUCAGUCGAAAUCGUGAUAAAUCCCGAUUAUCAAAGUCUAGCGACAAAAGUAUAUUUCCCUCAAAAGGAAUCGGGGAUACUAGAAAAUCAAGUCCGUCGGGAUUACGAGAGGAGAGUGAGAGCGAAAGAGCGUUCAAGCUGCUGGCUGCUCACGCUUCCAUGUCGAAUUUAUCGAAUUUACCCAAUUUACCGCCGCAGUUAGUCGUCGAAGGUCUCAUGAAACAGCUGGAUACUAAAUUUCAAAUACCCAAAUUGUCCGCUAGAGCUAACGCAGACUCUAGCGACAAGAAAUCAGAGAAACUAUCCAUGCUUCCCGAUAGUGGGAAAACGUUGGACAAUCUUGCCACAAAACAGACGUCGGAACAGGGGAAACUACAAACUUUAUCGAACACGUCGAGCACCGCUUCUAAGACAGCUUCAGAGGAUCAAUCGAGCCAGGGUAGAAGAGACCAUGUACAAACGAAACCUGACAAUCUUUCCAUGACAAGCGCUGCCUCGGUAAUAAAUCUCGGUACGGACAGCACCAGUAACCUUCUACUUCCUAGUUUAUCUAGUGGAAGCUCGCACGAUUUGGACGUUCCUACGAAUCUCUCGAUGCAGUCAACCGAGAACGAAUCCCGCGACAAGGAGCCACCGAUGAGUAGGACUAGCACGCAAUUUCUGAGUAGCAGUUUAAAUUCCACUGUUGUUGGUAAAGACGAUACUAGUGGUCCGGUAAUGGCCGUUCUAUCCAAAGCAUCUGAUUCACAGCCUAAUAGUAAAUCCGUCUACCCCACGAUGAUGACGACAGGCACGAUAACUAGCGGAAACGGUACAGCUACAACGAGUUCCGGUAGCGGAACCUCAGAAAGCUUGAAUCUAAGUAUCAAGCCAGUGGACGUUACGAUGACAAAGUACAAAUCCGACGAGAAGAAGCAACAACCAUCGCAGCAGUCUCAGCAGCAGCAACAGCCUCAGCCACCUCCGCCGCAACAGCAACAAUCUCAACAACAAACGUCACAGUCACAACAGUCUCAGCAGCAACAAAUACAAACACCGCAAGUUCCGUCUUCCGGAGGAUCUUCCUCUUCGUCUUCGUUGGGAACAACGGUGUCUUCGGAGGGUUCCUCGAGUACGAUGAAGCCUCCUGGCACCGAGAUACCCACAACGACGUCUCAAGAAGCUGCUGAAAUGCUUCUGGACUUUUCUACGCCGAAGGAGGUAGCUAAGAGCCUGAACUUCACCAGUAUCCCCGAGCGGGCCAUGACCCAGGCAGCUUCGGUUCGCAGGAAUACGCCACCACCUCCACCGCCUGCCUUUCCAGCGAGUCCUUCCGUGAGUGUGCACAUCGUGAAAAGUCCUGCACCCUCGCCGAGGGUCAUCCCGCCCUCGCCUCACUCCGCUUCGCCGUGCAUCACCGAUGACGAGUUGAUGGACGAGGCGCUGGUGGGAAUGGGCAAAUGAAGGUUACUGAAACUGUAGAUUUAAUUUUAGCCGCGACUGGUACAGGGUGUCCUGAAAGGCUGGCUGACUGGCUGCUGUUGAAUUAGUCGGUCCUGCUCCGCUGUGCUCCACGUUUUCGACCGUUCUUUCUCAAAUAUGAUAUCGUGGUGCACAGCCUGGAAUUGUCGUCGAGUUAAUUGGCGCUCCUCGAGUUUUUGAAACAUUGGGUGAAGGAAUGUCUUUAUGAGAUGAUCUUUAACAAUUUGGUAUCUUUGUUGUAUCUACCUUUUAAUUUCUUUUUGGUUGCUUGAUCAGUAGAAAGUAGAGAUAAAGAAUGAAGCUCACAGGCGAAAAAUAUGGUAAGAUAUUUCUCGUUUUUUUUAUAGAGGAGCAAUUUUGAAAUUCAAUUUCUUGACAUCUAAUUCUACAUCAAAGCUAUCUUUGUGCAUUUGACUUUGAGAUUAAGUAUAUGGAUUUCUCACCAUCUUGAGUGUAUAAAAGUAUUAAUAACGUUAGUUAGUUAGUUAGUAUAGACUAUUAUUAAUUAAAUUAAAUUAACAUAGAGUUUAUAUCUCUUCGAAUUUAUCAGGUUACGCCCUUUUUUAGUUCGUCCAUAUCAAAAAAUUUCUUUUUAGUUAUCGACUGAUAAAAAAAUCAGGAAAUCAAUAAAAGUAAAGUCAUAUCUUUUUUGUGUAGUCUUCAAAUGCCAUGGAAAUAUAAUUGUUUUAUAUGUUUGGUAGUUUUUGUUCAAUCUUAUCUUUCACGAUUUUAAGCGAAAAUGUAUGCGUUUGUAUUUGAGUGUUUAUUACUGCAUGUUAUUUACAAAGAUAUGAAAGAUUAUUGUAUCCAAAUUUAGUAUUCAACAUCGUUUCGUAUUAAUUAUUAGUAUUGAUCGAUCCUGCCCAAUCUACAGUUACGGUUCUUACACUUUCCUGAUGAUAUCCAAAUAAAUUUAUGAAACUGGCUAAUCACAAUAAAGAAAACAUGCUGUUUUAAGAAUCAGAUGUGAACAAAGCAGAUCGUUCGGAUCUUAGAUUAUUUAAAUCUUUUAAAUAAUUAAUUUUAUCUAAUCUGUAGGCUACGAGAGAUUGAAGAACAAUUUGAUUUGAUCGAGCCUGUUAUCAAUUCCAGAAUUGAGUACGUGUAAAAGAAAAUAUCUUUUUUUACCAUAUUUUGUUUUCUUUAACUAGACAAAUAUCUUUGUAAAUUAAUAUUCAUUUACACAAACAUUUUCGCUCAAAUUAUGUACGUUUUGUAAAUUAUGGAAAUAUUAUCUCAGAUCUUACGAAUGUUAGAAGAAUUUGUAUGUUCGAAGAUAUAUCUUCCUACGAGUUAUGCGUUAAGAAUUCUCAGACGAGCGCAUUACUUAUGUUUCUCAAAGGUUAAGUAAUUGAUAAAUGUCAGAAGGGGACACCCUGUAUAUAGCAGAGAAUUUUCACUUCUCCUGAAAUGUCCUGCCGAAUAUAAAUAUAGUUUACGUCCCCGUAUGCGAAUCUCGAGCAAGUUCAAUUUUCUUAUCCAUAUGUACAUAUAUAUAUAUAAAUAUAUAUAUAAUAUAACUAUAUGAAAGAAAGCAUACAGAAAAAAAAGAAGAAGGAGAAAUGAAAAAGAGAAAUUGGGAGAAAGAGAAAAACAAGCGGUCCCUUUGUAAAGAUACUUUACAGAUAUAGAAACGAAGAUUUAACCAGCGUGUAUAUCAAAGUGAUUUAUUAUUAUAAAUAAAAUUCAUAUGCCGUGAUUGACUCUAGGCUAGCAAUAAAACAAUUGUUUAUAGAUUUCUAAGAGAGAGAAAGAUAGCGUGUGUGAAAAAGAGUGAACGCCGUACUAAAUGAUUGCGACAUACGAGGAAUAAUAUAGACAAGGACAUAACGAGUUAUUUUCGAUAGAAAUCCAUGUUGGACAAUAUUUAUAAGGGCACCAUAGAAUGGGCAUAUGGUAUUAAAUAUAUUGACAGGAUAUUUCUCGAUUGGCGUAUUUCAUAUAUCUGGAAUUUUUACUAGUCACAAAAUAUAAACGUUUCAAAGAUAAUAAUAAUUUUACGGAAAAUUUAUUUAUAUUUGAAAUUAUGGAGAUAUUUGAAGAAACGGAAGAAUGAUUGAUUAUAUCAAAUACUAUGUUGUUAUGGACAUAAAUUUUGCCCGUUUUUCAUCAGAAAUUUCUCAAGUUAUAUGGAAUACACUAUUUUGAAAAUAUCAUGGAUACGGAGAAAUUUUGUUCGACGAGGAGCCGUGAGAAAGGUAGAUUAUAUAGCCAAUUUAUCGAGUCCUUUAUCUUUACCUUCCUGUUCUUGUACUUGCUUCAAUUGUCCUUCCUCGUAACGGUGUCCUUCGGCAGUUUACAACGAAGAAAAGUCAGUGCUUCGAUAUUGCAAAAGUUGUUUCCACAGUUCAAGCAAUUCUCGUUUGACAAAUUGUAUGAAUAUUUAUGAAGAAGAAAAAAGAGACAGAAAAGGAAAGAAAAAUAAAUCAACGUUUGUUAACGAAAAAUGAUCUUUGUCACGUAUUAACGAUAAAACUUUGUAUCGACAGUGAGAAUUAAUCGCAUAGUUUCGUUUAACACGAUGUUUCGUUUUCACAAAAAAAAAUAAAGAUAUUUCAGAACGAAUGGGUUUCUGACGAAAGAAAGUCACGAAGCAUCGAAGGACACGUCGCGAUGAUGAAAAUUGAGCUUGUAAACAAUUUUCUGUAAACGAGUUUACAAAAUUUUUACGGAAUAUUAUUGGAAUCAAUACGUUUUGAUUAGAAUAUUUUUCAAGUGUCCUCAGUGUUUCAGCUGCGUGGUGGAAAAUUGUGAAUCGAAGAAAUAAACGGAAGGGAAGAGAUAGUAGGUACCAAGUGCCAAGUAGAGGUAAAAAAGAAGAAAGGAAGAACGACAAUUUUUGAGGAUGGAGUUUUAAUCCUUUGUGCUUUGAUGCUUCCUACUAUCUUCGUUUCAAUAUGGAAUUGAUUAUCUCACGAAAUUAAUGUUUCCAAAUAAACUAAUUUUUAUUUAAUUUCCAAAUCGUCAGAUUUGUUUCACUUAAAUUUGGCUAAUAAUUAAUAUUAUUUUUCAGGAUAUUGUGUUUUUCAAAGGAUUGAAAUUCUGAUCUUAAGAAAAUGACGUUGUCUUUGUACAAAUUAGGCAAAAAUGUUUCGGUUUAAAGAUUGAAUAAACGUCAGAUGUAUCAAUCUGUGUUGCAUUUAUUCGAUGUUUGAACCAAAGAUUAAAACAAGAGAACAGACACAGAAGUUAUAUGAAUAAAGUAAGCGAGUUAUAUGUCUGUUGCGGAUAAUUAAGAGAUAUUAGAGAAAAAGCGAGAGUAAGAGAGAGAAGAUUAGAAGUGAAUUAAAAUAACGACGUACAGAUCAUUUUCCAUGUGUAAAUUUAAUGAAAAUUGUAUUUUCGAGCGGGAGUACCGUACCGUAGACAAUACUUUGCUCCGAUGGAUAAAAGAAAAAAAAAGAAGAAGAUAAGAUGAGAGGAAUAAAGAAAUUCUUGAAGAGGAAAUUGUCCGGUGCUCCCGAGGGAAAAAUAUGGUUUAUUUUUUCAAUACUCACGAUGGUGUACAUAGACCUAGGAGGCGUUUGCGCCGCGUAAACGGUGCUGUAAUAAAAUAAAAAAUAUACAAAUACGAUAACUGAUAAA